AUGGGUUCAAUUGCCAUCAACCACACGGUUGAUCCGACGACAUUAUUCUCGAAAAGGGUGCAACAGUAUGAGCCUGGAGCGAUCCGCAGUCUGCUGCCUCUCGAGGCCUUGCCAGGAAUGAUUUCUCUGGUUGCUGGAAAACCUAAUCCAGAGACGUUUCCAUAUGCUGAGAUCUCGAUAUCGCUCAAGGACUCGUACGGGCACAGGAUCGUGCUUGAAGAAGGCCGAUUGAGCGAGGCGCUACAAUAUGGUCUUCCAGGCGGCAACCCUGAGUUAAUCAAAUGGUUUGAAGAACUUCAGCGACGCGUCCACGGUAUUGGAGACCGCCAAGGCUGGGCAUGCUGUAUCGGCAAUGGCAGCCAGGAACUCAUUCAUCGUGCUUUCCAGGUAUUCACAGAUUUGGGAGAUCCUGUCCUCAUUGAAACGCCAGCAUAUCCAGGAGUAGCCGGCUUUUUACGAGCCGAUGGACACCAGCUUAUUGAGGUUCGAUCGGACGCAGAGGGGUUGAAUCCAGCUGACAUCGAACGUGUCCUGUCUGCGUGGCCUGGGAAACGUCGUCCUCGUGUCCUAUAUACCAUUCCGACUGGGUCCAAUCCGACAGGCCAGUCCUGUACCGAGAUUCGCAAGGCACAAAUUCUGCGGCUCGCGAGACAGUUCAAUUUCAUGAUCUUCGAAGACGAUGCAUACAGCUUUCUUAACUUCGAAGAGCCCUUGAGCAGAGCCCGUAGCUAUCUUUCCUUGGAAAAUGAAAUCAACGGCGAAACGGGCCGCGUGAUGCGAUUUGACUCGCUUAGCAAAAUCGUCAGCGCCGGGAUGCGUUUGGGGAUCUUAACUGGGCCUUUGCCUGCUGUGCAAAAAGUCGUUCGACUUACGGAAAAUAUCAACCUCCAGCCCUCCUCGACCACCCAAAUGCUUGCCCUAACUCUCUUCAACCAUUGGGGUCACGCAGGCUUUCUCGAGCAUUGCAAUCGCGCAGCAACCUUCUACCGACAGCGGCGCGAUGUUUUCGCAGCUGCUGCCGAGAGACAUCUCCACGGUCGUGCCACCUGGGAGAUUCCUUCCGCUGGGAUGUUUUUCUGGUUAAGAUUGUUACUGCCCCCGGGGCAGGAUAGCCUCGAGAUUCUCAGUCGGCAGGGUAAAGAGAAUGGGAUUUUAGCAAUUCCAGGGGUGGCCUUUCUGCCUAACCAGCGGAGCAGCUGCCAGUUGAGGGUGAGUUAUAGUCUAUUGCCCGAGGAGAAAAUGUUUGAGGCUUGUCAGCGGAUUGCCAAGUUGGUGGAUAAUGCAUGGCGAUUUGAGAUCCUGAUGUAA